UGCACAGGGGAUGCAAACGAAAAAAGUAACAGAACCAACAAGCGGAGCAUACCUUUGCACACCUAAACCUCUAACAGAGAGUUGUGUGACAAUCACCUCCCAACAGGGAUCUGUCCUCAGUGAAGGACGCAUCCGUAGACGUGCUUUGUAAGGACACGCUAAUAAUGCAGAGACCGCCGCCUGCUGUAGUUUGAUCAGCGGGAAGAGACUGAUUGCUUCACAGAUCAUCCGAGAGAGAUGCCAGAGAGACCGUGUGACUGAGACUGGUUGUUCCACUGCCUGGAGAGCUGUCAAAUUGUUUUCACCCCGCUGUUUUACACUUGUGAACCUCUCAGAGGGUGGAGUGAACAGCUGAAUGUCAGCAGCUUGUGGAGCAUGGGUACAACUGCCAGCGCUGCCCCACAGCCUGUUUAUGUAGCACCGCCGCUUGACAACGUCCACGCCAACGGGAUGGCCAACAGCAGCAUGAGCCCGUUCCACACGGUCAGCAUCCACAACAGCAAAGCCAAGUCCAUUAUCACCAACAAGGUUGCACCGGUCGUCAUCACAUAUAACUGCAGACAAGAGUUUCAAAUUCACGACGACAUCCUUAAAGCCAACUACAAGGUCGGUCGGAUAUCGGACUCCUUGCCCGAGCACUACCUUGUUAAGGGUGAAUACUUCUUGGUGCAGGAUGUGUACAGCAAGGCAGAUGUUUUAAACACAACAGGCAGCUAUGGAGCGCCCAACUUCCGCCAGGUGAAGGGAUCCUACCCGCUGUAUGGAAUGGGUCAGCCAACCUUGAAUGGUUUCAAACAGGUUCUCCAGAGACUUCAAGCCCAAGGACAGGAGCAGGAGAUUAUCUUCUUCUGUGUACGAGAGGAGCCAGUGGUGUUUCUUCAUAAGGAGGAUGACUUUGUACCGUACACCCCGCGUAGGAAGGAAAACCUACACGAGAACCUUCAUGGACUACAAGGGGAGGAGAAGGUAGAACGCCUAGAGCUGACCAUCAGAAAUGAGCUCCAUGACUUUGCAAAACUCACUGAAAACAUCUUCUACGUCUACAACGACAUCGAGUUCUUCAAAGAUGAUCCCCAGAAGAUGUCCAUAACGUGUGAGGAGGACAUCCACGUGACAGAGGAGGUCUACAAAAGGCCGAUGUUCACCAUGCAGGGCUACAGGUACUACAGAUUACCACUACCAAUGGAUGGAGCGCCAUUGGAGGAAGAUUUUGACGCAUUUGUUAACAUACUCAGGGAGAGCCCCAGCUUGUGUUUGGGCCACAACGCAUCCCCACAGCCGCCUACCCUGCUCUUCAGCUGCCAGGUGGGCGUUGGCCGCACCAACCUAGCCAUGAUCCUGGGCACGUUAGUCAUGAAUAGGUUCAAAGGGGACACACAACUGCCAUCGCAAGUUGAGGAGGUAGCCGCUUCAGAGCCAAGACCCUUAUUCCAAGUUAUCCAGAGUUUGAUCAACAAGUUGCCUAAUGGACAGCAAGUUAUGGAAGAGGUUGACUAUGCUAUUGCCUUAUGCUCAGAGAUGCACAACAUUAAAGAAGCAAUAUAUGAGAAUGCAAGUAAAUUGGAAGGGAUUGGAGAAGAUUAUCAGAUUCAGGGAAGCAGUACCAAAGAAUACUUUCUCAACAGAACAAAGCAGAGCUUGGAGUGCUACUUCUAUUUGAUCGUAUUUAAUGCCUACCUUCAUGAACAGUAUCCUCUUGCCUUUGUGUCCAACUUCAGUCAGUGGAUGUGCUGCCAUGCCUGGUUGUACAGGUUGCUGGCCUGCAUAGACGUGUCUGAGCUGUCUGCUCCUGCCGAGCUGGUCACCAAAGGAGCCCGCAUCCUGGUUGCUGAUGAGUACUUGGCCCCCGACGUGCUCAGCACAGUCAAAGAGAUGAAGGCGGCCAACUUCAGACGAGUGCCCAAGAUGCCUGUUUAUGGAGUGGCUCAGCCGACAUCAGAGGCCAUUGGAGCAGUUCUCGCCCACCUGACGGAUGAGAAGAGGAAGCACAGCCACGUUUUGUGGAUCAACCUGCAGGAGGAGUUGUCAUUCGAAGUAAACGGACAGAUCUUCACUCCCAGGGAACCCUCGUGCCUGGACCAGCCCAUCCCGGUCCCUACGUGUGACCCACAGCUGCUACAGAAAUUAGAGACCUCACUGAAGGAGGAGAUUCUACGAGCUCAGAAGUGGCUGGAGGUGACCUUGGAAAGGGAGAAACAGAUGAAGAUGUUUAAGAGCUGCCAGACUGUUCAGGAGAUCUUCAACCAGCACAAAAGCUCCCACCAAGGCCUUGUGUAUAACCGAAUCCCUCUGCCAGACUGCAGCUCACCAAGGGAAGAAGAUUUUGAUAAGCUCCUGGAGGCCAUGAAGAGUGCAUUAGCUGAGGACUCCCACUCAGCUUUUGUCUUUAAUUGCUCUAAUGGCAGAGGCAGGACCACGACUGCCAUGGUUGUUGCUGUUCUCACUCUCUGGCACUUUAAAGGUUUCCCGGACUGUACCGAUGAUGAGAUCGUCAGCGUUCCCGAUGCCAAGUACACAAAGGGAGAAUUUGAGGUUGUAAUGCGUCUGGUUCGCCUUAUCCCCGAUGGCCACAGGAGGAAGAAAGAGGUAGACCUGGCGCUGGAUUCUGUCAGCGAGACCAUGACCCCCAUGCACUAUCAUCUGAGGGAGAUCAUCAUCUGCACUUACAGACAGAUCAAAAAUGAGAAGACAGAGAAGGAGUGUAAGCAGCUGCUGCUCAGGAGUCUGCAGUACCUGGAGCGUUACAUUUACCUCAUCCUCUUCAAUACAUACUUGCAUCUGGAGAAGAAGGACUCCUGGCAGCGCUCCUUCUCCAUCUGGAUGGAACAGGUGGCUGCCAGAGCUGGAGUUUAUGACAUCCUCAACCAGCUGGGCUUCUCAGAGUUCGAAGACCUGAGGGAGACACCGCUGGCCAGGCUGCGCUACCGCUGGCAGCAGCAGAACAUUCAGUCACUUCCUUUCCGAGGGGAAUUUAUCUGAAGGAGGAUUUCUGUGAAUGCACAACUUUCACAAUGAGAGACGGUUACAGUAACCUUGUUAUGCCUUCAUGAUUAACCCCUGUGUCAUGGAUAACUUUAGAUUGUAUUUCGGUUGUUUUAUUGUUGAUUAUCCUAACAGCUUGUUUUAAUCUUCACCUUUAUUUUAUGAUCUUAUUCUUCUUUAGGUGCCUUCUUUAAAUCAGUAAUUAACUAAUGUUGCUUUUUUAAUCACAGCUUUAAAAUUGUACUUUCCUGUGGCAGAUCCUUUUGGGGAAAAAAAGAGAUAUAUGUUUUGGUUGACAGCAAACAAUUUUGGCUGCAUGUAAGAACCGUUUGCUUUUGUGUGACCUGAUAUAUUUCUCUAGUGUUGUCUUUUUCAAAUGUUUUUUUUUAGUGGUUUUCAGCGCUUUGAGUGUCUCGUUGCUGAAAAGCGCUAUAUAAAUAAACUUACCUUACCUAGACCCACAGUGUACAUAUGAAGGCUGUUAUUUAAGUUUUACUGCAUCUACGAGCAUAUCUAAGGGUAUAUGGUUUUUCACAGUGUUUCACAUCAUCAUUUUUUCACUUUUACUAUAAUCGCCAUCUGUUGUACCUGGGGUGUCCUGAUGCAGGUACUGACAUGUCAGGAAUUUUUAUGUUAGUUUGUCUUUGAAGGUGUUUGUCUUUUAAACGUUAGAGAGGUGAUGUUCAAGUUUUUGCCGCAUUCUUUUUCAAUUAAAUUCCCCUGAAACAUUC